GCUGGGAUUCGUAAUGGUUCAUGAAAACUGACUCAAGGUUUUUAAAGUGGCUUUUUUGUUCAAAGUCGCUGUGUGUUGCCGCUGAAAGCGACUUUCACACAUGCUCCUAUGUUCAGACCCGGCAGGAAGUGCAUGUGCAGUGAACAUCAUCUCGUUCUCAUCAGGCUAAAUGUAGUGACAGGGUCGAGCAAUCAACCGUGGGCUUUUACCCUCAUUGCUUUUUUAUAAACUUCUUUUUAUGCCGUCCAACCAACAGGAACACAAGAUGCAACCACUGCUUCUAUUUCUUCACAUGCUUUGUAGAAAUAAACCUUUCUUCAUCAUGAACACAGAGAAGGACCCUGAGUUUACCGAGGGCAGCGGGAUGGAGGUUUGCAGUGAUGUUGCAGAUGUGAAGCCACAGGAGGAAGAAGAGAGGGAAGAUCAGUCAUUCAGUGAGAAUGGAAUGCAGGGUGCUGAAGGUGUGACGGAUCCACAUGUGAUUAAGACAGAGGCAGAGGAGAUGGAAGAUGAGGAGCAGUACCCCAAGGAUGAAAAGGAAAGACUGUUUGCGCUGAAAGAGGAAGCAGAGGGGGGCAGUGAUGACGGGACAGAGGAAGGAUUCGACGAGGAGAGGACUGAGGAGGACGAGGACGAGGAGGACGAAGGGGACGCCCCUAACGAGCCCCAGGACCUGUCUCUGGUGGACUACUCGCGGUAUGACGCCCACGCAGCAGAAGGGACCUACGUGCCUGGAGCUGUGGCCCCCCGCAUCCCUGCAGCCGGCAAGCUCAACUGUGACAUCUGUGGCCUGUCCUGCGUCAGCAUCAACGUUCUGCUGGUGCACAAGCGCAGCCACACGGAGUUCAUUUUCCCCCCUUCAGGUGAGAGGCCGUUCCACUGCAGUCAGUGCGGCGCCUCCUUCACGCAGAAGGGAAACCUGCUGCGCCACAUCAAACUGCACUCCGGGGAGAAGCCUUUCAAAUGCCCCAUGUGCAGCUACGCCUGCCGCAGGCGGGAUGCUCUGAGCGGGCACCUGCGCACACAUUCUGUAGAGAAACCCUUCAAGUGCAACCACUGCAGUCGCAGCUACAAGCAGCGCAGUAGCCUCGAAGAACACCGGGAGAGAUGCCAUGUGUACAUCCAGAGCAAAGGCCCCGCAGAGAGAGAGGACGGCCACACAUCCAGGACUCAGAUGGGCAGCGAACGGGCUUUGCUGCUCGACAGGCUGGCCAGCAACGUAGCCAAACGGAAGAGCUCCAUGCCACAGAAGUUCACCGGCGACAGCGGUGUGUGUCUGGACCUGAGCUUUAACAGGGAGCUGGUCUACAGGACCGAGGUCAAGGAGCCCCCCCCAGGCUCCCCGGGGCCCGACCCCCACCAUCAGCAACAAGCUGUCCUCACAGGGCCAGAGAACAACCUGGCUCCCUCCCGCAGACCCUACCCCAUCCAGCUGAGCCCCAUGGGCCUCACUAACGGCCACAAGAUGGCCAUGCCUCUGAUGGUUCCCCCCCCCACCUCCCAGCACCAGGUGGGCAUGGACUCGUUCCAAAGCGACGGCUCCCAGAUGCACCAGCCUGUCAUGUACAACCUGGGUCACCUGCUGGGGGGGCUGAGCCAUCAGAACGGCCUCCCUCACCCACACGCACAGCCCCUCCCCCUGUCGCCGCUGGAGGCCUUACGGGUGGUGCGAGGGGACGGGGAGGGGGGUGCGUUGCCCGGGGCGGUGUACCCCUGCGGCCACUGCAGGGUGAUCUUCCUGGACUACGUCAUGUUCACCAUCCACAUGGGCUGCCACGGCUUCAGGGACCCGCUGGAGUGUAACGUGUGUGGCCACCGCAGCCGGGACCGUUACGAGUUCUCCUCCCACAUAGCCCGUGGGGAGCACCGCCUCGAACUCAAGUAGCUGUCAUUCACACUCACACGCUUACACACACACACGCUCUGACAGAUAACCAUGUACUAGCACACCCAGAUUUACUCAUAUUAGUAGCUGGUAGUAUGAUAAAUGAAAGCAUGACGUAGCAUCUCUCUGUCUCUCGGUGUGUGUGUGUGUGUGAGACAGAUUGAGAGAGACGUUAUAGGUUUGUAACGGGUGUCAGAAUUUCCUUUGUCCUACUGUACUCAUCUGAAAAGAUGAUCUGUAAAUGUUUACGCAAGAGGAAUUCUAACCAUACAUUUUUACAUAUUUGUACUUAUUGAUUCCUGCUGUAGCCAUAUAUACAUUUAACAAAGUAGCAAAAAAUAAUGCAUUUAUUGUUUAUCUGCUGUUGUUUUCUCCUGUUAUUUGUGUUAAGGUGUAAAGCAAUAAAAGAUAACCUCUCUUUCCCUUCAUCAA